ACAUAUAUCUCGGUUCGUGAAAAAAAAAAAUCUAAACCAAAAUAGUGGGACAAUAAAAUUCACCGCCUCUAACAGUAUCUCCCACCACUUCCAUUAAAUUUAUUUAUAAGCAUCCAUCUUGUACCCACCGAUUUCAAAAUCGGCGCAGACCUUGAAAACUAUAGCUUAACAGAAAAGAUCUUAAAACCCUUUUCUGUUCUGUUCUGUUCUGUUCUUUGUUUUUAUUUUUGUUGGGUUUCAACAACUGCGUGUGGACAUAAAACACUUGUUGAGAAAACAGUGCGAGAAUUCUCAUUCAAUCAUUGCUCUUAUCAACCUUUUUUUUUCCCACCAGCUCCAUUACAGUUGUCGUUCUAAUUUCAUAGCUUAUUAGCAAAGAACACUUCAGAAAAACUUUUUUUUUUAUUAUUUCGUUGUCUUGUAAUCUUCAAACGCUUUGGGUGACUAAUUCACAGCUUUUACUUGCACACUCGUCACUCUUUACUAGUUUCUGCUCUGUUUUCAUGGAGUUGAUGAGAAUUUUUAGCUAUGCUUCGAUUAUUCUUUCGAUUUCAGUUUAUUUGCUUCCAAUUAUGGUUAAUUCGAUUGGGAUCAAUUACGGGCAAAUAGCAGACAAUCUUCCUUCCCCUGAAAACGUAGUGCCGCUCGUGAAAUCUAUUGGGGUCACCAAAGUUAAACUUUACGAUGCAGAUCCGAGAGUGCUCGGCGCAUUCGCCAACUCCGGCGUUGAAUUCAUGAUCGGAUUAGGCAACGGGGACUUGGAGAAGAUGAGAGACCCGAACAAUGCUCAAGAUUGGGUUAAGCAAAACGUGCAAGCCCAUUUACCGGACGCGAAAAUCACCUGUAUCUUUGUCGGAAACGAGGUUCUCACUUUCAACGACACUAAUCUUUCCGAUAACCUCGUCUCGGCCAUGCAAAGCGUUCAUACGGCACUUGUAAACCUCGGGCUCGACAAACAGGUGACAGUAACCACAGCGCAUUCUUUAGGCAUACUACAAACCUCUUUUCCGCCGUCAGCCGGAGCUUUCCGUGAGGAUUUAGUCGAUAUUUUGAGCCAAACAUUGAGCUUUCAUCAGAAAACAGGGUCACCUUUUUUGAUCAAUGCGUAUCCGUUCUUUGCUUAUAAAGGAAACCCGAAGCAAGUUUCGUUGGAUUUUGUUCUGUUUCAACCAAACCAAGGGGUAAUCGAUCCAGCAACGAAUUUACACUACGACAACAUGUUAUACGCUCAAAUCGAUGCCGUUUACUCAGCUUUAGCUUCGUUGGGUUACAAGAAACUCCCAGUUCAUAUAUCGGAAACAGGGUGGCCAUCAAAGGGAGAUGAAGACGAAGCUGGGGCUACACCCGAUAAUGCAAAGAAAUACAAUGGGAAUUUGAUUAAAUUGAUGUCUCAAAACGCAGGGACUCCAUUGAGACCGGAUUCGGAUCUUAAUAUAUAUGUUUUUGCUUUGUUUAAUGAGAAUAUGAAACCAGGUCCAACUUCAGAGAGGAAUUAUGGGUUAUUUAAGCCUGAUGGAACACCGGCCUAUGCUCUUGGUGUUACGAAUAACAAUACCGCCAGUGGAAGUAUCGGGAAUGGGGUGACCAUGCCGUUUUCUCCGACGAGUUCAUCAACUGGUUAUUUGUCUAUUUCUUCAGCGACGGGAAGACGUAAGUUCGUGGGACAUGCGUUGAUGAUGGCGUCACUGUUGUUGAUUAAAACGUUGGUGUAGUAAUUCAAAGCUUUCGAAAGGUCAUUUUAUCAGAUAUUAAGGGGAAAAAGGGGGAAUGAACGGCAUCAACUUGGUUGUUAGAGAAAGGUAAAAUUCUUUUUCUUUGAUUGUACGCCAACAGUGGUUUAUAGGGAAUAUCAUCAAACUUUGUCUUCAAUGUCGGCCCGAAAAAUCAAAAUUGGGUGAUGGUGGGUGGGUGGGUAGGUGGGUAUUUGAUGACAUGAUUUUGGUUGGCUUUUGAUCCUUUUUAGUUGGCACUCAAGUUGUAUCUUUUCUUCACUUUUGGUCUUUUGCAGGGAUGUUAGGUUUGGUGAUUGAGAGAGAGGGACUGCAGGCUGUUUUUGAUUACUAGUAUAGAUUAUGGUUUCAUUCUUCCUUUUGGUGGUUUUCUUAUUUACAUAUUUAGAAUUUGAUUCUAUACAUCAGAAUAAUAAUAUUAAAGUGAUUAAAGAAAAAGCAAUAAAUUUAUCAUCAGUUGGUAGAGGGCGGUUUCAUUAAGAAUAA